GAGGACUGGGAGGACUGGGAGGACGCUGCAGGUUGGACCAAAAUCCUCUGAGAUUACAAGACGAACGAAGAAACUCAGAUUAUCUCUUUACAGGCAGGAAGAGUUCUGGUUCCUUCUGGGUCGAUUUGAAGAACCAGCUGAGCUCAACGUUUCUGACUCCCGUUAAAAACUCGUCUAAUGAAGAACGAAUGGAUCCUCAGAACGAAGCCGACCCGGUUUCCAGAACCUCCAGAACCUCCAGAACCGCCCCGAGUCCAGAUGGUCCCCUGGUCGAGUUUGACCAGCAGCAGAUCGUCAUGUUAGCAGACGAUGAGGUGGUGAGAACAGCUGCAGCUUCUCUCUACCACAAACAUCCAGCGGUCAGUUCGCUUCACGCCGUCCGUCCCCAGCACGGAGUCCGGCAGGUCAAAGGUCAGGCGGCGCCUCUGUCGGAACGCAGCAGCCUGGUUCUGGUGGGUCAUGGAGCCAGAGAGCCUUCGGGAGAGAUGAGGAUAUCAGGGUACAGCUACCGAGACGUGGCCAGGAUCAUCCAAAGCGGCUCCAGGAUCGGCCAGAAGAUCCAAACUACUGCAGUGGUGGCCUGCGGCGUGGGAUCGGACCGCCGCUUCCCACGAGCUCUGCUGCAGACGCUGCACGAAGCCGGCCUGGAGACGGAGCUGCACCUGUGGAAGACCGCCGUCCAGGUGGCGGAGACGGGAGACGUCCUGAGUCAGGACGGAGCGCGGUGGAGAUCUGGAGAUCACAGCAAGAAGCUGGUUCUGACCGUCGGCCCGACCGGAGAGAUCAGGAGGAGGGACGACCGCCGCCGCACCGGGCAGGAAGUUCCCACCAAUCAGACGGCGCUGCUGGGGAACGGAGACGAUGAGCUGAACUUCAGAGAACAAUGGCCAACAGCAAUAAGAAGCUUCAUUGAUAACAACGUCUAUGAGAAAGUCGUUUCAUAUCUAACAGGUUCACAAGAUGUUCAACAAAAACACGUCAACCAAGUCAGAGAAACCUUCAGGAUCCUCCAAGGUUUGACGUGGGGAUUUUUUUACCCAGACCCCCCUCGUGGCGGCGCUGCAGCACAACCACUAAGGGGAGUAAAGGAUUCAGACCUGGACAGGUUCAUCAUAGGGAGGAGAGACGAGCAGGGAAACGUUGUCUGGUUGGACAACAACGGUAAAGACGAUGUUCUCCAGAGAUGCUAUAUGAUUGAAACAGGAAGUGACAUCAGAAACAUCAUCCGUCACUUGGCAAAGGACGGAAAGAAUCCUGAAUCCUUCCUGCUGAUCAGUGAUUGGCUGUUCCUGGUCCAACCAGAAAGUCUGUAUGUUCACCCAAUAGGAAAGCGGAUCAAAGAGAACGAAGACGACGGUAUAGGCAACGCUGUGAAAAAGCUGAUUCAGCUGCAAAACAAAGAGGGAAAAGAAAGAUAUGAAAACAUUAAGAAAAACAUCCAGGAUUCCGCCAGGAAGUCUUUUGUUUAUAACGUGAGGAAAAUUUUCCAGAAUCAGUCCGUCUACUUGGACUACACACCGGAGUUGUUUUCAGUCUGGUAUUUCACAGCUUCAGUCAUCACUGAAUCUGCCAGGAACUUCCGGACGUUUCCUUUGACCCUCAUGGCUCUGAGCAUGAAUGACAGCAGGCUCUGGUUCGACCCAAACUACAUCACCAUGGCGGACGGCGGCAGCUGGCUGAACAAGCCGCAGCGGGGCUUCAGCGGCUCGGCGGAGGGAUACCCGGAGAAACUGGCCUCACUGCUGGGGAGAGAGUACACGGUGAUGAGAACCUGGCAGCAGAGUGACGUGGUGAACCAGCAGGACGAGUGCAUGGUCAUGGCUACAGCUGCAAAAGACCUCAAAGUGUUCGGGGAGCAGGAGAUGAAUAACUUCAUAGUUCAUUGCAGAAAAUUUGUUGAUGAUGUGAAGAAGCAGCAGAAUCUCCCAUCAGCGUCUGGCAGCUUCCAGCAUCAGAGCAGAGAAAAGGUCCAACAUUCAGCCUGA